GUUUUGCUUCCGUGAUUUCGAUUUGAUUAGUGUUCGCAUGUCUCAGGAAAAGUUUUAAACGUUUGAUGCAAGAUGUCGACAUUUUCCAACAAUCCACGUCUUUUAACGAAAGAUGAGCUAAAAUCUGAAUUAAAGGCGAACGGUAUUCCACUUCCGCGAGCUGAGCAAAGAAAGGCUUAUUACGUUGAUUUAUACCUGGAACGUUUGACUUCGCAAAAUCAAAAUGAAGAAUUUUCUUCCGAUGAAGAGGAGAUGUCCAAAUAUUCUCCGAUGCGAGCCAGCCAGGUACCAAUAUACUCACGUUCUCCUUUAAUUUAUUCUGCUGAAAUAUUUUAAUAUUUAAAGGCGACAAAGAGGGUGUUUUCGUCGCUAAAAUAAGUUUACCAUUUACUGUUUUGGCGUGUGCGGUUUUGGUGGCCAAUUUGUUCAUUUUCAAACAUUCUGUGAUUUGUCAAUUCAAUCCCAGCAGCAGGUUUCUUUCCGAAUGUGGCUUUGUUUUGUUUCGUUGGCGAAACGAACGUGUGGCUACUUUUCAACAAACUCUACUUUAAAAACAAUUUAGUCGAUUUGACGUAUUCAUUGUCUGGAAUUCGCCUGGUAAUCGUAGAUUUCAUGGCUUUACUCGUAUAAUUUACUCAAAAGUUUCCAAUUAAUUAAUGAAGAAGCUGAAGCAAAGGUUUAGCUUUUACAAGUUGGCUUUGCUACGCCCUGGUUUUUAUUAUUGCGAAUAUUAGCUGUACAUUGCUGUAGAAUGCCAGCUACCGAACAAGUAAGGAACAUUACUUAUUACUCGUUUUAUUACAUCGAAAAUAAUGUAUCUAAAUUAGUGGACUACAUAUUUCACGUCAAAUAGUAUUCAUUAGAGGUCUUGCAGGUCCGUUUUGUGCGGUGCCUUUUUUCUUUCGUUUCAAUUUCCUCACAAUUAUUUUCAAGGACAGCUCCAUACUCCAUGAAAGAUUAAAUGCAAACUGAUAAUUUAGCAUGCUCAUUUAGAAAUGUAGCAGUCUGAGAAAAGGUGAUAACAGGAGUGAAUUGACUCGUGACUGAAUUUAUUAUCAUGGUGGCUAAACAAUUUAGGAACAUUAGGUUCUCUUAAUUUUUGCUACACCAGCACUUAAAAGAACUAGAAGCAUCAACUUGGUAAAAAAUGAAAGCAAAACAACUGUAGCAGUAUCAAGGGAAAGUAUUAAGAUUUUAACCACCACUAUAUUCAAGAAAACUGGUAAUAAGAAAUCAAACUGAUUCCAGAGCUGUUCCUCUCCCAUCUGAGUGCUUUACAGAUUGAAUAGGAUCUACACAUGAAUGCUGUUUCAGCAGUCCAAUACUCAAGGUUCUCAUAAAGAGAUGUUGUAGUUUAUUGGAGGAUAAAAUUGAUAAUAGUAAAUUCAGGCCAUCAAAAUUUAGGCAGAACUUUCUUUGUAGUGGAUGGAUAAUUUUCUGAUCUCUAAGGCUAGAAAAGCUUCCUAAACACUUUUCACUUGGACUUUCAAGAAUGUAGUUUUUUUUAUCUUUAAUUAGUUUGUCUUAAACAAAUCAAAGUAGACAAGUGAAAUUAAUUAAAUUGUAAAUUAGGUUUACUUGCUACCUUCAUUGUGCAUGUAAAUAUAGCUGUAUGUCACACAAAAGAAGCAGUGGCAGGUGGUAAUCACGCAUGGUAGUUAAAUGAAAAAGUAACAUUACCUUUAUCACACUAUGAUGAUUCUCAGCCUGUGACAAUUUCUUUAUUUCUGCUUUCAAUUUGGCAUCUUAACCUCCUUCUUCCACUAUUGGCCAUGGUAUGUAGGUAGAUGCAGGUUUUUGGCACACUUCAUGUUUUGUCUGCUGUUAAUAUUGUUUAAUUAUCAAUUAAAUGAUGCCUUGGUCAAGGUUUAUCAGGGAGAAAUUUGCUGAUAGGAGAGUGAAAAGAUCCAACAAAAGAUUCAAAAACUGUUCAGACCUUCCAAACUUCAGCAGGAAAUUGUGCACAGAAGUUAGAGAAUUCUUUAAUAUCCAAUCUUUAAGGAAGAUCUCAUGAAGUGGUUCUUACCUUCAGAGUUUUCAGGACACAGUAAUCUCUUAAAUACUUCCCUUACCACUUACACUCCCAAGAUCAAAUUAGUAAUUCUCCAUACCAUCUGCCAAUAAACUCUUAUGAUGUUUGUUUAGAGAAUCUGUUGUCAAAUCAAUUUAUUAUCCCCUUAUUGAUAUUUUUCUUAAUUCUCAUCACUUGUCUACUUGAUAUUAUACUGAUAUUGCAACGAGAAAUUCUGUCUUGGUCACUUGUGGUCAUCUUCAUGGGACAAGUUUAAUUUUUUCAUUAAUUUGAUUUUACAGAAGCUUCCGGUCAAGCUGCCCAAAAAGGUUGUCAUCAAUAAAAGAGUUAAGGGAGACCUGCCAUUCGAUGUGGCAGCUUUGUCUGAUGGCGAUCUUGCCAGGCAGCUGAAAUCAUUUGGAGCUACAGUAGGCCCUAUUACCGAAUCCACACGUCCGAUCUAUCAAAAGAAACUGGGUAAGGUGAUAUACUCAUUUGUAAUCACUCACAUGAGCUGACAAAAAUGUUUAUAUGAUAAGCAGAAUCGUACACAUUUUGAUUGGUUUGUUCUUAAUUGAUCAAUUAGAUGCAUAAAUGAUGUCAUCCUUAACAACAGUCUGCUUUUUCUCCUAGAUCAAGUUUGUUAUUCUCCUCACUUUCAACCACAAAUUCUUACAUGUAGUUCAGAGAAUUUAGUAUUGAAUCAACUAGUUAUCCCCAACUACUUAUCUGGUUGAUAAUGUAUUGCUGUUGUACGGAGAAAUUCUGUCUUGGUCACUCAUGGGAGUUAAAGGUUAAUAACAUCAGUGGCACACUGGGCUGCACCUUGUGUGCUGCUGUUUUGUUUAUACCACAUUUUGAUGCCACCUAAGAUCUUUUAUUGUACAGACGCACAGCAACAGAGUAUGUAUCUGUUCAAUAAUUUGAGGAAGUUCGACUCGGCAAAUAUUUACAAAUAUUUUGGAAUCUAAAAGCUAAAUGUGGCAUCUCUUUUGUGUGAAAUAAUCUCAGAUUGCAAUUGCUUGACUUUAGAUAAUUGGCAAUUACCGGUACUGUAGAUUGCAUAAUUCAAGAAACUUUCUGAUCAAAUGUAGCUCAGUCUGUGAUUAGAUUCUGAAGGAUAGAAUCCAUAUUGGUAACCUUAACUCAAAAAGUUCUUUGGAGUUGUGAUAUUUAAGAGAAAAAUGCAGAAACAUAUAUUCCAGGGCAUUUUUUUUAUUACAAAAAAUUAUCCCCAAUUUUUGUAUUUCUUAGCUAAGUUGCUGACAGAAGAGAAAAGUAAUCCUGUCAUUCCAGUUGUGCCGAAAGUCUCUCCGAAGAAACCAAAGGCUUCUCCAGUUAAGCCCAGUAAUGAGUAUGUGGAGUUUUCUGAUGAUAAUGAAGUUUCAUCAGAAGAGAGAGACGUGGAAGAAGUGGAAGAAGUGGAAGAAGUAGAGCCUCUUCCAUAUGAGCUUGAUGGAGAAGGUACUGAAGGAAUCUUCUUGCUGUUGAUUCUUGUGCCUAAGAAAGUAACAAACCUUAAAUUUACAAGAAAAAUGUUUUUUUACGUUUAUACUUUAAUUUGUAACCUGCAAUAUUGACAGAGAUUUUAUUAGUGAAAAAGCAUUCCAGUCAUAUGGUCAUUUGACGUACAUGUAUGUUGUUGUUAAAAUGAAGCCUUUUACUUUGGCAACAAAAUUAGGCACUUUGUAUAUAUUUGAGCUGCUGAUCAAAUAUUGAAUUGAAGGUAGUAUAUCAGUAUGUAGUUGUGUAUAAAAAUAUUAUGUGUUAUUUACUGGGCCAGAGGUCUGUUUGGGAAAAUACAGUGCUCGAGGUGUCAAGGCCAGUUGCAAGACUAAGGACAUGAUUUUUUCUCAAUUUGGACUGACCUAGACUGGUCAAUAACAUAUUAAUUUUUGCUAGGGUUUGUUUUUUCCUGCUUUGCUGCAAAUGCUAGGGAAAAGUUCCAAACUGUGGUCUUUACUGUAAAAAGCUGGACUGGUUAUCAGUGUGCAAUUAGCCAAUCAGAAUCAUUUCUUUAAGAUUCCAGCCUGGCGAGAUGCUUCAGAAAAAGAUACAUUGUAUUACCAUAAGAAUCUAGCUCAGGAAUAUUUUUGCAUCAUAAUGUGACUCAGGGUUGAAGUUGUUUAUUUAAUUUUUUUUCUCUCAAUUUGCAGACCAGCAAGACACAACUCCAAAGCGCUUUUCCUAUCCAAAAUCAUCAUCCACACCAUCAAAGGCAACACUUACAAAAAGAGUCCCAGCAAGCAUGACAAUGACAACACAGCAAACCCAACAAAUCCUUAGCAAGGAUUCUGAGAACAACUUGUCCAAAGAACAUCCCAUGGAGACUGUGGCAAAGAAGAAGACCCCUGAGCCCAACAAGGAGGAACAUAGCAUAUGUGGUCCUCAUAUUCAAAUUCUGCUUGCAGUUGGAGUUUUUCUUGCUUUUACAGCUUUCUUGGUAUAUCAUCUGAUGGAAGAUAAUCCUUCUAAAGAAAUAGGGCAAGUGGGAAAUUGAGCACCAUUGACAAUAUGAUUGUUAAUCAUUGCUGCAGUCUGUCAGUAUACUUAUAGGUUAGAACUAAAAUAAUUUUAUCUGUGCUGUAUGUAUGUUGUAGAGAGUAAUUAUAAUGUUGCAUGUGAUGUAGCAUGAAAAUUCUGUGGAAGUUGGAUUUUGUAGGUUGGAAAAAAUUUUGUAAUGCGGAUUGGGAGAAAUUUCUCUUUGGAAGCACAGUUGUUUUUCAGUUUUCAGAUUAAGCAGUCCAACAUUAACAAGGAAGAAAAUGUGCUGUUAUCAACUUUUAUCUUUGUCUGAUUUUAUUUUUCUUUUGCUGUGGUACUUUGUGGAAUACUUUUUACAUUUUUGAAGAAUACUUUACUGCAUAUGAUUUCUGAAAAACACCAAAGUCAUUCAAAAAGGAAACCCUCUCCCGUUUUAGAAAUUUUCAUUCCCCUAAAGGUAGUAAGUUUUGCAAUUUUUUUUUGGAUCUAGUUAAGUAGAAGAAUUUGUUAAAAUUUCCAAAUUUGAAAAUUUGCCAAAGUUUUACACUACAUGUACAUACAAUACAGCUCAGAGGUAGAUGGCAAAUGCACAUGCAAAACUUUCGCACGUUUUUCACAUUCUGCGCCAAAAAAAGCACAUGUCUUGAGCAUGUUUUUGUUAUUGUGAUAAAUGCAGUCAGCUUGCUUUGUUUUGCAUUGUUUUGGAAAAGAAAGGUUUUCUUUCUUUAAGUCCAGCUACUGAAGCAUCAAAUCAACAUUUGAAUAUCUCAUCUAAGGGACGCAAUGGCUGCUGUUUCAAUGAAAUGUUGAAACAACUUGUUGCGAUUCCACAAGAAUUUUGUAAAAUAAGUUUUUGAAAGUCUUUAAGAUGUGAAUAAUUAACUGUAUACUGUAGUAGUCAUGCUUGUGUAUUGUGUAUUGUUUGUUACUUUUGUACAAAAUAACCAGCUGUCAUCUGAGCAUGAUUUAUACUCUAGUUGGUGCAGUUGGAUGAUAAUGCCUGAUACUAGAUGUGAAUAAUUAACUGUAUACUGUAGUAGUCAUGCUUGUGUAUUGUUAACCCUUUGAGUGACUAAUACCUAAGAGUGACUAGCAUCAGAUUUCUCUUUACAAUAAUUAUAUAAGUUUGUUACUUUUGUACAAAAUAACCAGCUGUCAUCUGAGCAUGAUUUAUACUCUAGUUGGUGCAGUUGGAUGAUAAUGCCUGAUACUAGAUGUGAAUAAUUAACUGUAUACUGUAGUAGUCAUGCUUGUGUAUUGUGUAUUGUUUGUUACUUUUGUACAAAAUAACCAGCUGUCAUCUGAGCAUGAUUUAUACUCUAGUUGAUGCAGUUGGAUGAUAAUGCCUGAUACUAACUGCAGUAGCUUUAGCAUGGUCAGUUAAGAAAGAGACAUUUUCUGACAAAGGAAACUUCUUGUUAGGUGAUUUUCAAAAUUUCUGUUUGGGUCUUUGCCACAGUGAAUAUUUGUGAUGGUAUUUUCUGGAAGAUCAAUUAUUUAGAUAAAGUUUCUUUUCCAUUUCAAGUAUUUAUUUAAAUAUAGAUAGAUUAUUUUGAUUUUUGCACUACUUAUUCCAGUAAGGAUAUCCCCAGAUUUGUUUCUUUGCAACCACUAGUCAUGCUUCCAUUUUUUUGAUACUAUAUCUUAGUUUGUUAUUGUACAUAAAGUAGAUAAGUUUUUGUUAAUUUUGUUUAUCUUUUUUUUUAAUUAAAACAUAAGUUUUCUUUCCUUUUGGAAACUGUUUGUAAUUCUAUAUAUUUUGCUACAAUCUCUUUUGGGCUUAUGUGCUGUAUACUUCAUUGUAAAUUAGUUAGGAGAAUUUUGUUUUGUAUCAAAUAGCACUCUGUAGCUACUACCUACUGCCUCUCUCUGUCGUCUGUCUCUUUGAUGGAUAAAUGAUCAAAAUUGUGAGAAAUGAUUACAGCCUUGUUUAGGCAUGCAAUUUUCCAAUUCACUUUUGCUUUGUAUGUUCUAUUGGGUUGAACACUUCUUCAGUGCAGGACUGAAUAAAG